AUGCCGUUAAGUACAGGUACCACUGCUUCAGAAACACAAAUAUUCACAACUUCGAAAGAGGAAACGAACAGUGCAACUUUGAAAACCAGUAAAAAUAUUAUACUAUGUUUUGAUGGAACGAGAGAAAAUUUUGGACCACAACCAUUCACCAAUAUUUUAAAAAUAUUCGGUCUUUUAGAGAAUGAUAAAGAUCAAAUAUGUUAUUAUCAACCAGGAGUUGGAAUCAAUGGGGAUUUAGAUAGAAUUGAUGAAAAUUUGAACUUACGAAGGUUUACAUGGUCAAAAUUUUAUAAUAUUUUGGAUUCCAUGUUUGCAUUCAGUCUCGAUUCUCAUAUUGUGUCAGCUUAUAUUUUCCUUAUGCAAAAUUAUGAAAUUGGUGAUAAGAUUUAUAUGUUUGGUUUUUCAAGAGGUGCUUUCAUUGCUAGAGUACUUGCUGGAAUGAUUGGUAAAGUUGGGUUGUUGCAUCCUGGGUUAGAGGAAUUAGUUACUUUGGCUUGGAAAAUUUAUCAAAGUUGGGAAUAUUCAGAACAACCAAAUCAAUCUACUUAUACAACUACUUUGGCUAGUGAAUUCAAAAAUAUCUUUUGUAGAGAUUAUGAAGUUAGAAUUUGUUUCCAAGGUUUAUUUGACUCUGUUAAUUCAGUGGGAAUUUUGAGAGAUAGAUUGUUUCCCUUUACCCAGAGGAGUAAUAUUGUUGAUCAUGUGAGGCAUUGUGUGUCCAUUGAUGAGAGAAGAGGUAAAUUCAAACAACAAGGGUUUUCAUCAAAUUCUUAUUCUACGAGGUUGUUUUCUUUACAAUUUCGAACUUAUAUUUUGGAGGAAUUUUCCAACAAUUUAACUCCAGUUGAAUCUAAUGCAAGUGAAAAUAUAUCAACUAAAGAAAUUCGGAAUCCUCUAAUUGAUUUUACUAUUGGUAAAACCAAAAGCACAGACACUGACUGUGAAAACCCUUGCCAAAGGUUUAUUAAUCGGAAAUGUUUACCUAUAGAGACAAGUCGUAAAAGUGUUGAAGGUAUUUUCCAAAUUUGUGAAAAAUUAGAUAAUGACAGAUGUUGCUUUAAUUCAGAUGGGAGAGAUAUUCAAGGUGAUAAAAAUAUAUUGACACCAGAUUUAAUUGAGAAAUGGUUUAUUGGUGAUCAUUCUGAUAUUGGUGGAGGAUGGGAAAUGGAUCGCAAUACAGAGAAUUUUGUUUCAUUAAUUCCACUAAGAUGGAUAAUAAUGGAAUCAAUGAAAUUUGGAGUUAGAUUUAAAAAUGAACCUUUGAAAAAUUUCUUAAAGGAAAACUUGACAGUUGGAUCAAUACUAUCUUUAACUCAUGAUUUUUUGGACCUAUGCCAAUUGAAGGAAAAUAAUCACAAGAAAACAUUCCAACUUGAGAAGGAAUCCAAUAUUCCUUUGAUACGUAGUUACCUUGAUCAGCAAGCGCAAAAGCCAGAGUUCCAACAGGACACUGAUGAAUUUCGAGAAAGGAUGAAUAGAAAAAUCAAAUAUACUAGAGGUGGAUAUUUUACGACAAGAAUGUCAUUAGGUUGGUGGAUUUUAGAGUUUUUACCGAUUGGGCUGAAAUUACAGAACAGACGUGGUAAAUGGAGAAAAGUCUAUAUUCCCAAUUUAGGACAAACCAGAAGUAUACCUGAAAAUGCUGACUUACAUUGGUCGGUAUAUUGGAAAAUAAAAUUUGAUCCAAAUUAUAGGCCUACUAACCUGCCCAAAUAUGCCAGAGAUAUUAUUGAAGAAUUUUUACAAAUCAAAUUGGAUAACGGGAGGGAAAGAAAAACCAAGACAAUAAUGUCACAUAUGAAAUCGUACCCUAAUAGGAUUGAAAAUGAAGGAGAAUGGGUCUUAGAGGGGAGUUCCACAGUCACUACAACGACAGCGACUCUUUCUUUUUCCAGUCUUUCUGAUCAAUUAGAUAAUACUAACAAGGGAAUAAAUGCUACAAGGUAUUACGAACUACGAUCAAAUUUCUUGAAAUGGCAAGAAACUGAUUGGAAAAAAAUCCCAGAUGAUAUGGUAUUAGAAAGUUUCUUAGAUUCAAGUUGCAUAUAA